UACCGCCGUGCUCGUGACUGCUAGUGGCGAUUCCGUGGCGAAUGAAUGAAAUGAUACUCCCCGUGGUAGGUGAAGCGUGAAGCAGCGUAAAGAUACAGACCCAGGCGGGCUGCAUGACGCAAUCUUAAGUACCCAUUUUUGGCCUUUCCCACGAUGGAGGACGUGAGUCAAGAAUCUACCAUACCGGAGGUACCGGCCGUCGAUGGCGAUGAAACGCCACCGACAAACGGCGAGACGAACGCGACCGAGGAGCUCGAGGUGGAGCAGCCGGAUCGGCUGUUGGGUCAGGAUGUUGACUCCACCAAAUCUUCCAUGGAGAGCUCCUUCACCGUGACCGACUGCAACUGUUCGUCGUUGAUCGAGCGCACGGAAAAGCUGGACGCAAAUGAGUUGCAGCUGGACGCGAAGGUGACCGAACUGAUCGAGGAUCUCAUCAAGCCGCACGAGCAGGAACGCGGCGCCGGUGGUGUUGGGGCAGGUUGCGAAGAAAAGUUUAAAGUUCUCACGAUCAACGAUGAGGUGGAGAGCGUGGCCAGCAGCGGCAAGGGAACGGUGACGGUGGUGGGCAGCGGGGAUGGCAGUGAUAGUGGGGUAGAAUUUGGCGCAGGAUCCGGUUCCCUCACCGACACCGGGGUGCUGCAACGUGCGCUAAGCAACAAUAGUGCCGGUUACGCAAGUAGCUGUUGCGGUUUGGACGGCGAACCGACCGGAAUGAGCAUGUCGUGCAAUUCGAGCAUGAUAAGUUACAGCUCGGAUAUUUACGACAAAACGGGCAACACUGUGCUGUGCGGACGGCUGAGCACGGAUUACUGUGCGAGCGAGGGAGGUAGCGAAAGUUCUUCCGUGACCGGUGGACCAGUGAGUUCGCUGCGUAAGGCCGGGGCCGCUAUCAAGAAGAAGGUGGCAGUGAAGGAGCCACCCUCGAAUCGCUCGCCGAGAAAAUCGACCGAGAGCGUGUCGAGCAGCGGACGGAGUAGCUCCCGAUCGCGAGGCUCCUCGUUGGGCCGCUCGGUGUCGCUGAAUUUGAAAACAAUCCCGGCAUCGGCAGCGAACGUUGCUGCUGCGGCGGCCGCCAGGGAACGGGCUCGUUCGCGAGAUAAAUCAGCUUCCUCCACCGGCGUUUGUGCUGGGGUUCCUUCCAGCUCCAUGUCGGCCAGCACGAAUCGCAUUCUUCAAACUCCGACCAAACCGAUGCCACCGCCGAGACGUCCAAUGAAACCAGACUCCCUUCCAACGGGCAUCAAGGACUCGCCGUCCGGUCAGCGAGUAACCGUGUCGCGCACUCCAUCCAUUACCCGAGGUCGCACACCUCUGGGAACGCCGACGGACGAUGGUCGGUGGCCGUCGGUGGGCGGCAAGGGCGGCAUCAGCUGCAGCGGUGGCAAUACGACACCCCGUUCCAUGCGAGCGAGUUCCGCUGCGCCGGAUGGGGGCAUGUCGAUUAAAACUCGCAUCGGACCUUUAUCGCUGGAUGGUGGUAAAGGAGGGAGCGGCGGUGGUGCGCCGAUGAGUUUACCCAGUGGGGUGGAUAAGUUUGCCACCCUUCCCCGGCGACGAAAAGAACGCUCGGCUGAAGAUUUGAAGGCUGGCCUCGUUGGGGGUGGAUCCGGUUCGCGCAGCAACUCUGUGACGCGCGAUCAGGUCUCCAAUCGUAUGGCGAUGUCGCUGUUCAAAAAGUUGCCUCCCAACACCAAAACGGAGCGUGAACUGAACAGUUCGAACAAAAUGUCAUCGCUGUCAGCUUCGUCGCAUCCCCGGUUGGCAUCGUCGACGAAGAAAUUGGCACAGAAAACAAAGAUCUACCAUGAGACGAGCGUCCAGACGGCCAUCACCUGCAAGGAUGUGGAGGAUGCGUUCGGGGGCAACGCACGCAAUGUACGCAUCGAUGCCGUCGAGAUGGUCAGCAAACAAACCCAGUCCGACAUACGCGACAAAGAGAUGGAACGGUUGGAGGAGAAGCUGAAGAAGGUGACGGGCGAGUAUACGUCGCUCAUGUCGAAGCUGUCGGAGAAAUCGCAGAUGGUGACGUCGCUGGAGCAGAAGCUGUUGGUCGAGCGCGAAGAAAAGCUGGCCGCACAGAAAGAGCUCCAAAACAACACGGAUCGCGUGCUGGGAAUGCUGGAAUCGAUGCAGGCCAUUCCCAGCAGCAACGAUACGGGAGAGUGUGAUAGUUUACUGAUGCUGGAAUCACAGCUGCAACUGUCCGGUACAGUGCUGGAGAAGAAGCAGGAGGAGAUCGUACGUCUGCAGACGAUCUGCCGGGCGCUGCAGAUGGACAUGGAGCGAUCGCUCAAAAACCAGGAAGAGCUGCUGCGCCAGAAGACUGAGCUGGAGGAGGAAUCGAGCGAAAUGCAGGACUUUUUGCAGGUGGAGAAACAAUCGUGCAUGGACGCGUUGAAGGAGGCCGAGCAGGAGGUUAGCAUGCUGCGGCAGAGUUUACUCCUGAAGGAGAGCAACAUUGAUCGACAGCAGGAAGAAUGUCGUCAUCUAGUCCGUAUAGCAGAACAGAGGAGACAAGAAUAUUUGGGAAUGCAAGCAAAGUACAAUGCGCUGGAGAGUCGUUCCAAGGACAUUCUGCUACAACAGGGAGCUGCCGUGUCCGGAGCGUCCGUUGCGCUCUCGGGAUUGGGCUCGCGGCUAGACAAUCUGGUCGAACAGUUGAUAGCAUCAUAUAACAUCUCAGAACAGGAUCUCGAGGACGUAAUCUACCACAAUGAAGCGUACACAAAUAGCGCUAGUAGUGGGGAUGGUAGUCCGGAAUAUGAGCAAACUGCUGACGCUUACUCGGACAAACAGCAUCAACAUUCGCAGCAGCAGUACCAUCAGCAACAAACCUCAGAUUUACAAUCGACGACUGCGAAGGGCGGUUCAAAGACAACCAGCAAUGGAUGUGCCGUGCCGCUUUCCCCACAGCGUGGCCAAUCGUUUAUAGCGGCAGUCAUUAGUGCUAUCAAAAACGCGACCAGUAAAACGGCCACCACCAAGUCAACUGCAGUCACCACGAACGGUGCAAAUGCUGCGAACAAGGAGUGUCGUGAAAAUAAUGGCCAUGAAUCAGAUUCAACGGAGAUGCUCGACUCGGAAACGGAACCGUGCCUAAUGAUGGACAAUGUACUGGAGGACGUCACAAUGCCGGAUUCGCAUUCCCACAACAUGGUUUCAUCGUCUACUCGCAUCUCGCAGAUCGAGAUGCCAUCGUCGCUGGAGAGUGGAGUCGGAGCGAACAGUAACGUCAUGACGAUGGCACACGAUGAAUCGCUAGAUAACCUUUCGCAGGCCAUCGCCAACCGGCAGCAGAUCGAGCUGCAGUCGAACAUGAUCGCUAGUGGACGCUCGUCCCGAUUCCAUCACUCGGUCAGUAGUAAUGAUCAGCAGCAGCAAGCUCGCAAUACAGCGUCUGCGGUAACAUCAGCUGCGGCCGCAGUAACGACAGCACCGGACCAUACAACCGCUAGCCAUUCUUCAUCGCAGGACGACGAAGAAAACAGCUGCUGCGGUGAGGCAUCCAUGGCCGAAAUGCCUUCCAUCUGCGAGUACUGCAAUGCGCAAUCGCUGGUGGAUCAAGUGAUCGAUGUGGACAAUUUGAUCACGAAGCUGCUGAAGGUACUGAGGAUCGUCCAGAUGGAUAACGAUCAUUGCAUACAGGAACUGAUCAACCAUAAGAAUAAACUGGCGAUCUCAAACGAAGAGAUUCAGGAUCGUGUGAAGGACUAUGAGGAGCUAAACUAUAAGCUACAGGAUGAUCUGAAGGAUGCCUAUCACCAGCUGCAGAUGCGAGGCAGUGAGCUGAACAGCAACAAGGUGGAGUUGCUUAAGCACCGUCAAGAAAUUGAUAAAUUGAAUGAAGACAUUUGCCAGUUGAGCACGCUGUGCAGUGAUAGCAAGCAGGCAAAGAAGAUUGUGAUCGAUCGGGAGGAGAUAUUGAGCGCAUUUAAGCUUUGCAACGAGGAUGGUGUAGUGCCGGAGCAAGAACUGUCACAGUUUAUCGUACAGGCAUGCACUGAGAUCCCAAAACUAAAAGCAAAGCUGUACGAAAAAGAACAGCAGUUAGCCACGAUGGCAAGCAAUGCUACAAAUGGGGCCAAUUUUGUGAUGACUGCCAGCUGGCACCAAGCGUUGAACGAAGCGAAGCGUCAAUACGAGGCAAUCGAUCGCGCGUUGGAGACGUUGGACAGCGUAAAAUCGAUAGUACAGCAAACGCCCGCCUUGAUGGAACUGCAGCGCGAUCUAGAGGAAACGAACUUUGCCUCAGCGUCUAGCUUCCCGCUUGUAACGGCAGCCCAGCUUAAUCAAUUAAACUGUGGCCAGGUCGGUACGAACGGCAACGGGGCCGGUGUUGUGAACAGCAACGGUAUUAUAGAUUUGAAUGCGAACGAAACGACACUCGCCAAUGAGGCGGGAAGCGUUGUUGCAGCUGAUCCGAGCUGUUACAUUGAUUCGACUGCUUAAUCUUAAUAUGGACCAGUUUAAUAGGUAAUAUUGAUUUAUUUAUUACUAUUUUUCCACCUUCCAACCAGGAUUAUUGUGUGGCAUUCAGUUUUAUCGUGAUUUUUUCUCACAUUACUUUCGGUGGUUGUGUAAAUGUCCAUCUUUCUGUUUGUUAUUGUUCAAGAUUAAUCGUUGGCAUCCACUGCAGUGACGAUUUAUUGCAUUUUGUUUAUUUAAUUUACUUGUUUACAACAAAACGUUUUUUCGAGCUUCACAUCAAAUAACGAAUGUCCAAGAUAUUAGAGAGAGAUUAUGAAAAGAAGAGAGAAAGAGGUUCUUAAACAAUAGCAAACGAAUAAACAAUGCCCCGUACUAGUUCCAUAGUUUAAUGCUAAAUCGUAGGUUAUGAUUGUGAUUCGCCGUUCUUGACAUUGCAUAGACUCGAUUAUUGAAGCCGUUUAGAGAGCAGGCAAGGUAGAAAUCCAGAGUAUCAAACGAUUUAUCUCCAUUGCAGAUGUGUUACUGGUGACAAAUAAGUGUUAAGAUAAUAAUUUAUUUCUUAAACGCAUUUGGAUAUGCGGCGACACUUGCAUACUUCCUGUUUAAUGCAUACUUCAAAUGGAAGGGAAAAAGAUUGUUAGCCCUGUUAAGUAGAUAAGGUCCUAUGUUGUAGAAUAAACAAAAGCAAGAGCAAGAAAUCGGUCCAUUGAUAGUCCCACUUCUGCACCACACUACACUGUUUUAGCCAUGUGCACGUUCGUACCCUCCGUCUGGUAUUCCACCGAGGGCGACAAUAUUUCUCCUUACUCCGUUGAAAGUUCCAUGCCCGUACGUUUUAGCUGUAGGAAAUAUGAAACACUUCUAGAAUUCCUUCCAUUAAGGUAGAUAGUUACAAAAAGACAAAAAGAGGAAAACAGAAGAAACCUCUCAUUGGCGGCGCGACACACAAGUCGUAUUGAAAGCGAUUUUAACAAACGGAAUUGAAUGUCGUAGUGACGAAACCGAUAACCGAAAGCCUUUAUAAUGCAGUUUGCUUCUGUCUACACCAUCACCAUGCAAUAUCCGUACACCGCGGUGACGAAACCCUAUCGUCAGUAGUACGUCACCAAAUCCUUCCCAUGUUAGUUGUUUCAUUUGUUUUUGUUUUUCUCUAGCAUUUAUUAUAGUCUUUUCUCGGUGUAGGAGAAAACGUAUCUAUAUAUAAGCUUCACUGCUGAGAGUACAUUCUGGUUGACUUUCCUCAACAGAGACGCAAGCACGCUGUCACCAUGUCAUGUAGAUUUGUAUUUUACGAUUACGUUCGGUUCUUCUGUCAAAAUUAAUCCAAAAUGUGUUGCUCUACCCGGGCCCUACUUCUUGUUGUGCUUUGUAAAUAUUUCUGGCAUACAAUAACACAUGAAACAUGAAGAUGUAAAUUUUGUACAUUUUACUUUUAGGUUGUCCUGUUUUCUUUUUCUUAUCUAACUUAUUUCUCUUCAUGCUAAGUUUAUGUUAUUGUUUUGGAAUCUUUUUUCAUGGUUUUCUUCUUACAUUAUUAAUUUAUGUCAAAUUUGUCCUUGGUGUAUAGUUAUGUUUCUUUUCCUUGCUCCGGGAUAAUGCGUUCGUUUUGGCACUGGUGUUUGAAUCAAGAUACCCCUUUAUACCAACAGCACACAACCAUACCAUACACACCUACAUUCACAAAAUAUUAAACGAACUGCUCUAGCUUUCACACAGUUUGCACGAUGUAUCAAACUUUACAGAAAACAAAGAGCAAACAAUAGGAAGAAUAAAUAGUGGAAACAUGCCGGCAAAAGAGGCAUAUGGCGUGAUGGUGUAGACAUGAAACAAACCAUAAACUGAUAUUAGCGCCAGAUCGUGAAAUUGUCGAACAACAAAGCCAAGCAUUGAGGACUGCUAGCAAAUAAAAACAAAAUCGUUUUAAAACACCGCAACAAAACCGGUUCUUCCGGUUUUCCGGAAAAACAAAAUUCGUUCGAAUUUAAUUAAAAAAUAAGCAUUGAUAAAACCCUAAUCGAGCCAAUUUGAAAAAAUACGAUGAGGAAAGCCUUUAAAAAGAAAACGCGACAGUAUGGAAUAAUCUUAAUGCUAUAUCCUGUAAUUGGAUACCCCUGUCCGUAAAGUAAUAAUACAGACUAAAGUAUAGUAAAUGUGCACUAGACGUUGCGAGUGAACAUGAAAGUAACCAAUCAGUAAUCAAAAUAUGCCAUUUGCAUGGGAGAGUGUGGGAGAGACCGCAACAAACAACUAGCAUAUAUUGCAUGUAAUGUGUUGUUGAAAAGUUGUGUAAGAACAGCAGUGUCGAAGGUUGACAAAAUGUUGCAACGUAUAAUACGGCUAAGAAUGCUGCAAAUAGUGGAUCGAUACAGACACACCCACACAAUACUUGAUAUUACUCUUCGAAAGGUUAAAAUUAAUAAAGUACAGCAACUUUACCUAACUAUUUUGUGAAUAAAAGUUA